CGGCUGCGAUGUGGCGGAAGCCGCCGACCACGAGCUCUCUCUAGAAGCUGUCCGCUUGUCUGCUGACAGAACGGGAGUCGGUAGGCCGGAUUAGGUGACGAUGAUCGACAUACGGCGCACUCGGCGAUCGGAGACAAGAAAGUAGUGUACGGGAGAAUCGUACACGAGAGUCAAGCGACUGCCUUGAGAGAUGCGCUCGUAAAAGUGGGGGCUUGCCAUGAAGCGAUUUGGGUCGUAUUUUCUCAUGGUGUUUCAUUGGAGCUAUAAAGAUGGUGAUGUACCUGCCCAUCGAGAAGGACCUCGUGAUUGAAGACGCGGAAGUCGUCCACAACUCGUCCGCGGCAGGGGAGGACGCUGAAAUUAAAAUCCGGGCCUCGAGGGCCGAACGCGCGAGUGGGGGCGCGGAUCGCGGACCCGGCACGACUUCGAUCUCCAGCGCGAUGGAUGCAGCGCCGAGUAGCGCUCGAGGAGCGGCACGUCGUCCUGUUGAUCCAGAACAAGCUAUUGUUCUACUUCGAACUUUGCCCCUUCUACAACAGCUACCAGAGGAUUCUUUGCCAAAGAUUGCGGCGGUGUUGAAGACUGUACACUACGGCCCUGGUGAACCAAUUGUGCAAAUUAACCAUGAAGGUGAAGGGUUGUACAUCAUCUGGAAAGGAGAGGUCAAAGUUGCUUCGCCACCUAGAGAAAAUGCUACAGGUCAUGUCGUUUCCACCAUGAGAUCCGGCGAUUACUUCGGAUUAGCCACUCCAGGACCUGCAAGGGAGUUGUACAGAGCAGAUGUGAUUGCCAUCACUGAGGUAACCUGCUUGCUGCUCACCCAUGACUAUGCGGAUAUGCUAUCGGGCGCGUCCAUUUGGAAUUGGCCCAAACAGUCUGUUGAAGGAGAACAAGCCCUACUGGAACGCAUUCUGCUUUUGGAGAAAGUAGAGGAUAAUGUAUUUAGGACUAAUCUCCCACAACUUUACCGAAAUCCAAGGAAGAAUCCGAACAUAUUUGGCGGCCAGUCCAUUGCUCAGGCUUUACAUGCUGCUUGCCGGACGGUCAAGCCAGGAUACGCAGUUCACAGUCUCCAUUCUUAUUUUCUUCGGACGGGAAAGGAAGAUGUUGAAACUUUCUAUGAGGUUCAAAGGACUCGUGAUGGAAUGUCAUUUGCCACGAGACAUGUGCAGGCCCUUCAAUUAGGCAGAGUCACUUUUGUGUUGUAUGCUUCAUUCAAGAGACCUGAGGAUUCUCAAGCUUAUGAGCACAAUACCAAUCCUGUGCCAAGUACUCCAAAUCCGGAAGAGGUUGCGAUGGAUGAGGUGGUUUAUGAUACCUUCCUUACGGAUCCCCGUCUUCCCUUAUCAGUCAAACAAAAGUAUGCUGGAAUCAAGCUUCCAGUCUCACCACUUGAAAUCCGGCUAUGUGAUGCUGGUGAUAAGUUUCAACGGGUGAAAAUGCAGCCAAGACAGAGAGUGUGGUUCAAAACAAGGGGCAAACUCUCAGAUGAUCCUAUCGUGCAUUGGUGUGCUCUGGCGUAUGCUUCUGAUAUGCAUCUGCUUGAAACAUCCUUACGAUGUCAUCCGGAUUACCUGCGAUCACGGAUGCAAAUACUGAGUCUUGACCAUUCGCCACGGAUGCAAGUACUGAGUCUUGACCAUUCGAUGUGGUUUCACCGACCUUUCAAGGCUGAUGAUUGGCUUCUGUAUGAGAUGGAAGCUCCAUGGGCUGGUGAUGCUCGUGGACUCUGCUUUGGAAGGAUAUAUCAAAAUGGAGAGUUGGUGGUGACGGUAUCACAAGAAGGGAUGAUCAGGAAAAUUGAAGACAAAAUGCAGAAGGCGGCUAGACUUUAAUUGUCAUGUCUCUCGAGAAGGUAAUUUAGACGUUCGACAUGUGGGCUUGUACAAUAUUUUGUAGAGAAAUCUAGAUGAACAUUCUCUCCGUCGACAAACUGGAAGGUUUCUUGAUAGAAAAAAACGGUAGUAGACUGGCUUUCUGUCUUAUAGCAGAUAAAUGACUGGAAAAAACAUGUCAUUGAUUUGAUUCACUGGAGUUCUUUAAUCUCUGGAAUCAGUAUCAUAGUCUCAUUAUUUUGUUGGUUUUACACCUUAGAUUAGAUUCAAGAAGCUUGAAGUAGCAGUGUAGUUCAUUAUUAUGUGUAAAUACCAUUGCCGUUUUUUCAGAGAAGUAGUACGAGAAGCCAGUCGUCGCAUAAGAUAUGUAUCCCACAUAGUUAAACUGAAAUCUAAAUUUGUUGUAUUUUGUCGCA